CCGGCAAAGUGCAUUCAGAGGACCUCGGUGAAUCUCGGCCGGGCUGUGUCUCAGAGUGCCGAUAGUUAAGCGCUGUGUGUUUUUCUGUAGGGCAAUCCGUUCAUUUCUCGGAUCCGAGCACGAUGGAUUGAACAUGCUGAUUAGAUAGUGAAAGUCCCUUAUAAGCAGGGGAAGUAAUUAGCUUCCAGUGCUAUAAUUGGCCAUUCUCUGCCAGAACUUGGGAUGUGCGGAAGUGAUUCUAUAAUGCCCUGGCUUGUAGAAGGAAUUCCAGUUAUCGAUAGAAACACCAUGUUUUCUGUGUUAGAGUCAGUGAUGGGAUGUUGAAGACACUUCCAAGGAUUCAUUCACAAUGAUUAUGCAGACAUCACUGAGCGUGUGUACGUGCCUUAUAUUAUUCAUCAUUUCACAAACAGCUGGUAGGUGUGAGUUCAAGCAUCGGCUUCGAGACAAAUGGUACUUUCAAGGGCAGAAUCGAAACACAUUUAUCCGGAUUCGUCGAUCAGCUGUUCAGUUCCAUGCUGACAGGAACCACAAGAUCCGUUAUAAGUGCGUGGAGAGCAGAGGAAAUAUUUACCUAAUGAGGAAGAACCGGUACGAGUCCAGCAAGGACGGCGUCCUGUGUAUCGGAUUCAGCUACCUGGCGGACCACCCUAACGCCGAGUUCAGCCUCGUCCGACUCAUGUCCCCCGGGGUGUCAUCCCACAUCAUGAGCCCCAAGGUCAUCAACAGGGGGUCAAGGAUCAACAUCGACAACUCGUGUGAAUUUCUCCAGGGGGACAACCGUAGACUGUACACCUUCAUCAAGAGGCGCAGUCCCGGAUGUAAGUUCCCCGCCAAAUUGCUCGGAGACUGGAACUACACGUAUAGACAUGCGCACCAUCUGACGUUCUCCCUAAACAACCUGACACUCCACCUCCUGAACGGCGAACGCUACAUCUUCUACUGUGACUCGAGGGACAGGGACAACUUCGUCAUAAGAAACGUUGGCUACAAGGGUACCGACAGGGACGCCAUCAUGUGCAUGAGACUUGACCCCUUGGAGGACGACCCCUUCUACGACUACGAACUCUCUAGAACUAACAGCGGGAUCGAGAUGGACGGGAAGCUCGUGCUGGUUGAACGCGGGAAGCGCGUGCUGCUGCACACGGACUGUGAUUGGUUAGACAGUCCCGCUAGACCGGAGUAUAUUUACCCCAUGUAAGACCAAAAAGACAAUUUCUCGAUUUAUCAGUGGGAAAAUAUCACACACAAGCCAGCAGACGACACUUCAGCAAGACGUGUUUUAUUGGUGAUAAACAGCCCUGUAUCACUGACGGAAUAUAUAUGUGUGAUGAAAACUAUUUUCAACUUUCUCUGAAAACGAAAAACCCUGACUCUCUCUUGGAGUAGUUGCUGUAAAUACCGAACUGCCUGUCAGAACAUUCAUAUUCAACAAAGGGAUGUCACCCAUGGUAGACAAGUUUUAAAGAAAGCACAUCCCAUCUAACAUACAACGUUUUCGCAACUUUGUGGGAAGGUUGUACAUUGGUAACGUCAUGGCACAACGUUGUCACAACGUUAGUCUUACGUCAUUUUAUAACGUUAUGUCACAACACAUUUUGUAAGGUUAUAUACAGCGUUGUAAACUUACCGUUGAGGAAACGUUAUGCGUUGGGCUCCUCACAACGUUAUUAUAACGUUUCUUAUGAUUUGGUGUCAGAAUAUUUUCUGUAAAACCUUUCACUUUGAGAUUCUUUCUUCACCAUUCAUCUACAGCUUCAGAAAACACACGACCAAAACGACAAAUUGACGAAUAGAUAUUGAAGUGAAUUUCUGCUUUCUUUCAUAUGUACUGUUCAUUACUGGGAAAACUAUUCAACUAUUAACGUUUAAUAGAACGUUAAGACAACGUAAAAUACGUUAGCACGAUCACGAUACGAUCACAACGUCAGGCCACAACGUUGUGGAACGUACAUGGGAGUCCACAGAAUGACGUUGUAACAACGAAAGCAAAACGUUUUGACAACGUGAAGUUGUUAGCUGGGGAGAACUUAACUUGUUCCAGUCAGUGUUAAACAGUUACCCUUUUAUCAUUUCAUUUUCACCGAUUCAUAUUCAUAAUAUAUUAUGCAGUUUGGAGGCUCGUUACGUGUAGUACAGGUGUUUCACGUUUUGUGCCAUAUUUGAAUGUUGUGGUAUAAUUUGUUUUCAGAAUACUAUACAAACGUGAAUUGUCAUUUUUCUUUUAGACUUUCUAUUAAAGCAGGAACCUUUGUUUUGGUUGGAUUUGGGGAUUUCGUUCUGUUAUUUGUCGUUUUCUUAGCGUUUUGUAUAUUGGCACAUGUAGAUGUUUGUAAAUAUCAUUGUCAUGUUCAAUUUGUAGAGAAAUACUUAAAUGUUCAUUUAAUAAAGUAAACGAAACCA